AUGGCCUACUUCGAUGAGAAAGCGAAGGAAGAUCCAGAUUUCUUCUACAGGAUAAGAUUGGACGAUGAGGACCGUGUCAGGAGAACAUACAUAGAGGAGGUCUUUCCGUUGGCAGUGCACAGGCACUGCAGGUGGCACAUUAUAAAGAAGGCUGAGGAGACGCUAGGACCAUUCUUUGCUGACCGUCCAGAGCUACACAAGGCAUUCGAGCUGUGCGUGGACCACAGCUUGACGGUGGAGGAGUUUGAAAGGAGCUGGAUGGCCAUGACUGAAACAUAUCAAGUCCAAGACAACGAGACUCUUGCUAGCCUGUGGGAGAAGCGAAUGUACUGGGUGCCGGCCUACUUCAUGCAGUGCUUCUUCCCGUUUCUGCAGACUACGCAGCGCAGCGAGGGGUUCAAUGCUGUUUUGAAGCGGUACGUGAGCCCUGGCAACUCAUUGCUACAGUUUGCCAAGCAAUACACAGCUUUGCAACAAAAAAUACUGGGAUCUGAGCUACAGCAAGAAGCGAACACCGUGCUAAAGCAGCCAAAAUUGCUAACGUAUUUACCGAUGGAGAGGCAAAUGAGCAAGAUAUACACCAACAAGAUCUUUAACAAAUUCCAGCAAGAAAUAAAGCGUGCCAGCAUGUUCACGGCUUUCCAGGUGGACGAAGAUACGUUCAAGGUGUGUUCUAUUUUGGGCAUGUCAGAUUCAGAACCUGAAGACCCGGACAAAGGAAUGAGCUACUUCGUGAAAGCCUCGAUAGGCCAAGGCGAAUACUACUGCCAAUGCUGCAAAUUCGAACGGGACGGCAUUGUGUGCUGUCACAUACUAAAAGUAAUGGACAUGAACGCGGUGACACGUAUGCCCCGCCAUUUCAUAAGGCGGCGAUGGACUUGGGACGCUGACGACGCAUUGGCGCUGCAGACAACAAACGUAGUUUUGGCUAUGCAUGACGAGAGACCGGAGUCAACCAUGGAAGCCGUGAGGCACGUUGUGUUGACAAAGAACUAUGCUGAACUAAUUGAUGAAGCAUGCAAGAGUGAUGAGACUGCGAGGGUCGCAGAAAAACACAGGAAGGCCCUGAAAAGAGAGCUUGAUGAGAUCAAGAAGAGGAAAGCUGAGGAAGCCUUACACAGGUUCCCCCGCACAUCAAAUGUGACUUCGUCCACGGGGCCAUCAUCUGAAAACUCGGAGAUAGGAUCUGGAACAGCAAGCACACAAACCCAGGUCAGGAACCCGCCCCGUUCCAUCACAAAGGGGCGUCCAAAAGACAUAAGAUACAAAUCGGGAUUGGAGAUUCAAGCAAAACACAAGAAAACAAAGAAAGGGACGGGCAAUCCAUAA